AUGAAGGGCCAAAAUCCUGAACCCCGAGGAUUAUAUAAGCCACUGGCAUAUCCCACUGCAUCUUAUUCUUCAUGCUUACAUUGGAAAAUCUCAAUAGUAAGACCUACGAAAUCCGAGUAUACAUACGAUCUGAGGGACCGAACUUCCGAAGCCUUGGCUGGCCCGGUUGAUAUGUCUCCAGGAACUCUCCAGUCCAAAUACUUCGCUUCGAAGGCUUCGGCAAAAUCCAAGGAUGACGGUUCUUCAGGCUGCCACUUCAGUGGCAAUAGGACUGAGCGCGUUGUCACCCGAGCAUUAGCCAAGGUCGGGAUCCCAUUCAAAAGAAACCGAUCACUCUCGGCGUCGUCCUUUUCGGCCUCAAUUGCCUGCGAGAAAGACACCUGCGAUGAUCACGAGAAAGUGAUGAUCUCCAAACACUUUAAGCCAGGCCUUCCCGCUCACACACCACGAAAGCAAAAGAAAGCUCGCCAAUAUGCCGCCCCGGCCGUGUACCAACAUUUAAAUCACUUACCUGAUUUGAUUGCUCCCAGUCUGGACGUUAGUGUCUCUCUUUUACUCGGCAAUUAUAGGAAACCGCCAUCCCCGAGAAAAACAAGAAAUGUUCAAACAAAUGAAUCCCUGACCCAUUCUGAUCAACUCAAUAAGUCCUGGAUGUCAAUCGGCCAAAAUUUCGCAUUAUUAUGCACAUCGAUCCAACCAUUUUUGGAAAUCUUUAUUUCUGAGUGUAUGAGCCUACUCUCAAAGACUCACCGAUUUACUCCUCAUCGUUUAUCUCCUCACGAUGAUCACUUGUUGCCGUCCGAAUUCGGGUUGGGCUUGACUGAUUUAGUCUGUCGUCCGACGGCUGAGGCAAACGAACUAUCGGGUUCCGAACGCCUUCAAGGUGUGCCGGUUUUACUUGGAAAAAUAAGAAGGUUCCAACCUCGGUUCUUGUGUUUUGUUGGGAUCAAACAAUACCAUGAUCUUUGUAGUUACUUGAAGAAAAAACUGCGAAAAUCUCGUGAUCUGCUCCCAUCUAUCUGGCAAUCACCAAGUCAGAAAACGGUGGUUGGUUUGCAGAACGUUGUAUUCAGAUCUCAGAAAACUAGUCGCAUCAACAAAGGCCAAUCGAAAUCAACAGCUGCUGAUGCAGAUCAAUACAGCCACACUUUCGUUUUCGUUUGUCCUAGCACUUCUGCGCUUGUUCGCAAUUAUCCAGAAAAAGAUCGGGUGGCGUGCUUUAGAAAGUUACUGGAGCUAAAGAAUCGAGCGAGCUUGAAUCCGGACUCUUCUGCAACACCCAUAGCCAGUGGCUCCAGUCGUACCAAGCUUUGCUUGGAGUAUAUUGAGAUUGAUGAUGCGCUACUAUCUUAG